CACAAAAUCUAGUCAAUUUUUACAAUAACAUCAAUAGCCUAUCAAAAAUAAAAUUUACUAUAGAAACAGAAGACAACAACCAAAUUAACUUCCUAGACCUCACAAUACAUAACAACACAGACAAUAUUACUUUCAACAUUUUCCGCAAACCCACCACCACAGACAUAAUAAUACCGGCACACUCAUAUCAUUCACAUAACAUAAAAACUGCAGCCUUUAAUUUUCUGUUUAAUAGACUGCUUACUAUACCACUCAACAAAGAACAAUACGAUGCAGAACUAAAUACAAUCUUUCAAAUAGGCAUUAAUAACCAAUACUCUUCACAAUACAUACACAAUAUAUAUCAUAAAAAUAAACAAAAACACAUCACCAAUACAAUAUACCCACAUUACAAAACCAACAAUAAAUAUAUAUCAAUAGAAUACCAUCAACACAUACAUUACAAACUAAAAAACGCAUUAAAGUCACACAAUUUAAACCUCACAACAAGAUCGCACCCUACGUUACAAAAAAUACUCAAAAACACAAUGACACAAGAACCACACCAUCAACAAUCAGGCAUAUAUCAAAUAAAUUGUUCACAAUGCAACCGCAUAUACAUUGGCAUGACCACGCGUAAUAUACAAAUCAGAUUCAAUGAACACAAGAAAAAUAAACCUCACUCCGCUAUAGGCACACACAUACAAAAUACAAAUCACGACAUCAACAUUAACAACACUAAAUUAUUACACAAAUGCAACAAUUACCAUAAACUCACCAUACUAGAACACUUCGAAAUACAAAAAGCACUCAGAAACACCCACACAAUCACCACCAACGAAAUCACAGAAUUCAACACAUCACACAUAUAUAAUUUAAUACCCCCAUUCAAUAACCUACACAUACACGCCACUGCAAACAACAUAACCACACUUUAACACUUUAUAACCACACUUUACACAACGUUGCUACUAGUUUAUCUUCUAUAGUCAUUCCAUUUCCACUUUCGUCAGUAACACGCAACGCACUUCAUGACAUGUAUAAAUACGCUGCCUUUUAAACCUUGACGCUAGGCCUGAUGAUGGCAAUGUUUGCCGAAAUCGAUAGCCAUAGAGAAAAAAUUAUAAUAUAAACGUUACUAAACUUCAUUAUAUUUUACUCUAUUCAUAACGUUUAUCAAAAAUGGAGACGUACAUCAAAAAUAUCAACAAACUGGAGACAUCCGGAUUACUCCUGCAGCUAAAAUAUAUUCUACAAAAACGACACAAAAACACCCAACAUCUACAGUUUCUGUAUAACGCCAAAAAACAUGAAGUCACCCCCAAUUUCUUAAGAAUCAACCUGCCGAAACGAUACACCCUACAAGAAACAAAAGGCAUCCAUAAGAAACUUCUACAACAUGAAAUAAAAAAACAACACUAUAACAAAACCAUGAUCAACUCCAAAUUAAAAUACCUACACCGAACGUUACUACAAAAACUACACUACAUUGAAUAUGAGACAGUAUAUCUACAGUUAGAAGAAGAAAUUACAAACAGCAACUACGAAUUAGACCAAAAGAGACUAAAGAAAUUAAACAAACUCAUCGAAAUAAAAAACCAAACUCAGCAACAACCAUACAACUCCAAGACGACACACCAAGAAAGAAAAAUACUCCCACUUAGUAAACGAUCAAAGAAGGACAUUACAACACCAACAGAUCAACACACAGGUUUACAAGACACGACAUACAGGAUUCAAGAACCACAAGCCACCGCAGUCAACACAAAGAAAUCAACUAUACACCACCCUCAUCACACUGCUUCUUACACAAAAACCACAAGCCAUCACUCUCAAGAAAAUGAAAACAACUAUACUUCAACCACAACACACAGCUUCCCACCAAGAUUCACGAAUUUAUCAACGUUAAAACUUAAUAACGAAGAAACACAGCUACUUAAUUUAGGACAUAAAUACGCACCUCAGUCUAGUACAUACUCACCUUAUCUCACGGCCAUCGAUAUAGAAUAUCAACUAUAUAAUAAUCCAUCAAUGCAUUAUAUCAAAAAAGAAAUAGGAGAAAUCAUCAACCGCAAUCAGGUUAGUAAAAAUGAAAAAUCACACAACCAUACAAAUUAUAGAUCCAAAAAGAUACAACAGACCCUAAAGAAAUUAAAAAAUAAAAUUAAUACCCAGAACAUAAUAGUCACCGCUGCAGAUAAAAAUGCUGGGCUAGUACUGAUAAACAAAAACGACUACAUUAACAAAACGACACAAUUUUUUACAGAAAAUAACAUCACUAUCUUAAAAAGAAACCCCUUCAACAAAUACAACACCACAACAAACAAGAUUCUCAACAAUACAAUAGACACCCUACAAAAAUUCACUAACACCACUUUUCUAAUCCACAAAUUAAAAAAUAAAAAUCCCAAAACACCACAACUCUAUAGCCUUAUAAAAUUACACAAACCCACCAAACCAAUUCGGCCUAUUACAGCGUCGACAAACUCACCAACACACUACAUAGCCAAAUUCUUAAACAACAUAAUUACCCAGAAACUCAAAUACAAAUCCCCGUUUUCAAUUAAAAACUCCCUAGAACUCAUCAACAAUAUAAACAAACUUGACCUACAUCACACACAGUUCACUUUAGUUUCCUUCGACAUAGUCAACCUCUAUACUAACAUACCUAAAACAGAAACACUACACCUACUGAGUGACAUAUUAUACAACAACGACGACUUCAGACAUAAUUACAAACUCGACCCAUUAGACAUAGACAACCUACUGACACUAUUCAAACAUACAACAAAUCUAGACUUUUUUAUAUUUAACAACGAAUAUUACAAAAUGACAGACGGGCUCCCUAUGGGUUCCCCCAUUAGCGGAUUAUUAGCCAAUAUAUACAUCGACAAUCUAGAGAAGAAAAUCAGCGAACUUUUAGAAUUCAAUCACGUCGCCCUAUGGAACCGCUAUGUAGACGACAUUCUUUGUAUCUGGACCGGAGAUCCACAAAAUCUAGUCAAUUUUUACAAUAACAUCAAUAGUCUAUCAAAAAUAAAAUUUACUAUAGAAACAGAAGACAACAAUCAAAUUAACUUCCUAGACCUCACAAUACAUAACAACACAGACAAUAUUACUUUCAACAUUUUCCGCAAACCCACCACCACAGACAUAAUAAUACCGGCACACUCAUAUCAUUCACAUAACAUAAAAACUGCAGCCUUUAAUUUUCUGUUUAAUAGACUGCUUACUAUACCACUCAACAAAGAACAAUACGAUGCAGAACUAAAUACAAUCUUUCAAAUAGGCAUUAAUAACCAAUACUCUUCACAAUACAUACCUACACAAUAUAUAUCAUAAAAAUAAACAAAAACACAUCACCAAUACAAUAUACCCACAUUACAAAACCAACAAUAAAUAUAUAUCAAUAGAAUACCAUCAACACAUACAUUACAAACUAAAAAACGCAUUAAAGUCACACAAUUUAAACCUCACAACAAGAUCGCACCCUACGUUACAAAAAA